UCAUUCCUUUACUCAUCGCCCAACUCAACUCAACUCCCAAUCUCGGUGCUCGACCCUUGACGCGGCUUGACCUGACCUGACCUGACCUGGCUUGGCUUGGCUUGGGCUUGACCGAUGCAUCAUCUUUGCCAGUCAACCAAAGGCCGAGCCCAGACUAUGUUGAAGCCUGGAAAGCAAUGGAAAUCGAUGUGCAAAGGUCUUAUCCUGGGCACACUGCUCACCAGCUGCAUGAUUCUGCUCUAUUCCUACACCAUGCCUCCUCGCCAAUACAACUCGCAAGAGAUUCCCGUUCCUUUCUCCUGCUCCUCCUCUAAGCGGGCUCGUUCCCGAAGUGUGUCCAGGGCCAACGGCUCACUUCUGGCGGGCACAGGGGCAGCGAGGGCGAUCUGCAGCCCAAAGGUGGACAUCAUGUUCAUGAAGACCCACAAGACGGGCAGCAGCACCAUCCUCAACAUCCUGUUCCGCUUCGGGCAGAAACACGGCCUCAAGUUUGCGUUUCCCAACGGCAGGAACGACUUCUACUACCCUUCACGGUUCGACCGGAGCCACGUGAAGGGUUACCGCCCUGGGACGUGCUUCAAUGUCAUCUGCAACCACAUGAGGUUCAACUAUGAAGAAGUGAGGAAGAUCCUGCCCGAGGACUCGAUCUUCUUCACGAUCCUCCGUGACCCGGCCGAUCUCUUCGAGUCUUCUCUCCACUACUUCGGGCGGGUGAUCCCGUUGACCUGGACCAUGGGGAGCGAGGACAAACUGGGGGAGUUCCUCCGAGACCCCUGGAGACACUACGACCCCAACGGCUUCAACGCUCAUUACCUGAAGAACCUGCUCUUCUUCGACUUUGGUUUCGACAACAACCUGAGCCCCGAGGACCCCCGGGUCCUGGGCGGGAUCAGAGCCAUCGACGAGCGGUUCCACCUGGUGAUGCUUCUCGAGCACUUUGACGAGUCUCUGGUCCUCCUCAAGGAGCUGUUGUGUUGGGACUUUGAAGACAUCCUUUACUUCAAGCUCAACGUGAGGAAGGACUCCACCGUCUCCCGCAUGACGGGAGAGCUGUACCGUCAGGCCACCGAGUGGAACGCCAUCGAUGCCUUGCUCUACCGGCAUUUUAACAGCACCUUCUGGGCCAAGGUGGAACGGUACGGGCGUGAGCGCAUGGCGAGGGAUGUGGCGGAACUCCGCAAGGUCAACGACGCCAUGCGCUCGGUCUGCAUCGCGGGCGGACGGGCGGUGGACGCCAGCGCCAUCCAGGAGGCGUCUCUCAAGCCCUGGCAGCCGCUGGGCGAGCGCUCCAUCAUGGGCUACAACCUCAAGACCAACAUCAGCAAGAAGGAGCGCAAACUGUGCCGCAAGAUGCUGACCCCCGAGAUCCAGUACUUGACCGAACUCGGGGUCAACCUGUGGCUCACCAAGCUGUGGGCGCGGGUCAGGGACCUGCUCAAGUGGUAGCUACCCUUUAGGAGA